CAGUUGAAGAUAAUCUUUCAAACUAUAUGGAGUUGAAAAUUUUGUACUUUACCAUCCUUCAAAAAUAAUAAUGAGAGCGAUUUUACUAAUUACACUUCUACUUCCAACUGUAAUUCUUGCACAAACUUCAUGCAACAGUUACUGGACAUAUGGAAGGGAUCGAAACAAUCAAGUUGAAGGCUUUUUAACUAUUCCACAUACGAUUGGAUACACCGAGCAUCAUAUUCAGAUACAAGUUUCUAUGGGUGCAAAGCUUCCAAGUGCAUAUGUUGGAGACAUCAGUUUGGUAAAAGAUAAAGAAAGCGCAUACAAGGAUUUGUUGAAUGGCUAUGCGGUGCAAUAUCGUAUCAGAUUCCCAAUUCAAAACCCAGUCCCAAAACUAAUAUCAGUUUACUACAACAACAGAAUAUUUUGUUCGAAUGCUAAAGAUGCGCAUUCUAAUUUUUUAACUAUUACAUUGGACCACAAUCUGAGCGUGACACCAUUACAACAAUCGUAUCAGAAGAACAACAAACAGAAUACACAAAAUUAUCAAAACUAUCAACAAACUCAAAACAUUCAGAAAAAUCCUCAACAAUAUCAAUCGUCAAGUAGAGUAAAUCCAUUUGAAAAAACUAAAUAUGACAAAUUUGCAGAAUAUAAUUCACAAUGUGGUCUGCCAUUCCAAAAACUUCCUGAAACGACUGGCUUAGUUAUCAAUGGAAAACCAGCAAAGAAAGGGCAAUUCCCAUGGUUAGCCGCUUAUUAUCACAAUGGUGUACGAGAAAGUGGAUUUAUUUGUGGCGGUUCAUUGGUUUCGUCUAAAGCAGUCAUCACGGCUGCUCAUUGUAUUCACUACAAACAUGAUGCUCCAAAAGCUGUUGAAGAAGCAUUGUUUUACAUUGGAAAAUUCUUUAUUAGCUCACUCCAAAAUGAGAAGGAUUUUGUCGUCUCACCAGCUCAAAGAUUCAUAUUACAUCCAGAUUGGAGUCCUUAUACUGAUUCUUUUGACGCAGAUAUUGCAAUUGUCGUCCUUACAAGAACAAUACACUUUACAAACUUUGUUAAACCUAUUUGUAUAUGGACAUCUACAAGUAAUUACAAAGAUUUGAUUGGUUAUUAUGGAAUAAUUGCUGGAUAUGGAAAAACAAGUCGAAUUGAUACACCAAGUGACAGACCAUAUUGGACAGCACUUCCCGUUGUAGAUGAAGCAACAUGUCUGAGGUCCAACAAUGAUUUCAGAAAAAUUACAUCAAGUAGAACAUUCUGUGUAGGAAGCCGUGAUGGAAGACUUUACAGAGGUCCUUGCAAUGGUGAUUCUGGAGGUGGAUUCGUUGUGAGAUAUAAUAACAAGUGGUACUUGCGUGGAAUAAUUUCAUCUUCAUUACAAGAUAAAGAUUUAUUCACAUGUGACACCAAGAACUUUGCAGUAUUCACUGAUAUUGCUGCAUACAGAGAUUGGAUCAUACAAUAUUUGUAAGACGUAAGAACUAACACAAAUGAAUGAAGUUCUUUUGCAUCUUGCUGUGAAAUAAUCGACAAGAUUUUGUUUAACGCAAACAUAUUGUUAAGUUCUAUUGGUGUAAUGAUAUAUUAAGAGCUAUUCAAUAUUAACAUACUAAAAUGUCUUUAAAUUGUGUUUUUACAAAUUUAUUAAUUUAAAAGAAGUUAGAGAAAGGUUUGAGUUUUUAAAUAAUAUUUAACAAUUAAAAAACUCAAUAAAGUGAAAUAACCCAAUUUUAAAUAAAAACGUAAUUUAAAUUUAAUGCAAUAAGUGUGAUUGAUGGGAAAGAAGAGACUUAUGAAAGGCUGAAAACUCAAGGCAGUUGAUACUAAACAUCUUUUGCAUAAGAAUUUAUUAUGUUCAAAACGAAAUUUUCAAAUGCAAAAGAAGAACUAGUUUGUUGAUAUUCUAUGCCUUUGAAUGCAAACAAAACAAGAAAUCAAAAUAAAGCGUGCCGCAAGCAAAUGAGCAACAAAAAAACUUAAUGUAAAUAUGGAAUCAGUCAUUUAUUCUCUUUUACAAUCAGUAUUGACACAAUCUACUACAACC